CUGUCUUUUAAAAUCAUACAUGUCACCUGUUAACUCGAGCAGGUAACCCAAGAGACACUCUCUCUCUAUCUCUACUUUUGUAUUCCACUCUCCCUGUCUCUCUAGCUUCAUAGGUCUCUACAUUGUCCGUGGUCUGUUGAAAAGGUUGGAAUUUGAUGCUUCUUUAACUGAUUGUAGAAGUGCCGAUCUGAUGAAAUUUGUUUUUUUCUUGUCUGUUUGAGAAAGCAUUUGAUGCUCUUCGGGGGUACUAUCAAACCAUCCAUUGAGGGGACUGUGAAUGAAACUCGGUUCUUUUCAGUUCUUGCAUAAUUCAAGUAGAAUUUGAUGCUUUUUUGGACACCCAUCUGAGAAUAUUGCAAAAGGGUGCCUGAAAACGUACCUUUUCUUGGUUCUUGGGGUUGUUUCGUCUUUAAUUAAAAAUUUGGAACUUCUUGUCAUUUCCGUUUUAGGAAUUUCUCCGGACACCAUUUCUCUAAUUCCACGUUCAUUGCUACAAGUCUUGUGGUGAUCCUCUUGGAUUUUGGUCUUAAUUGAAGAGAUUCAAGGGUGAUAAGAUCAAUAUGGUGGUGCUUAAAUGAGUGCAGAAGGUGAGAAAUUUUUGCUAGUCCAACAAAAGUGAAAAAAGGGAAUCUGCUUUCCUUUUGAUGAGCUGUUUGUUGGCUAAUGCCAUUGUUUGUCUGUGUCUACUUUAUGCUCUGAAAGGUUCACUUUGCUGUCUGUAGGAACCAUUUUUCAUUUUUCUCUCGCAAAUUAGAGUAGACUUGAUCGUAGGGUUUUCCAAAUAUUGAAGUAGCUGAUGCUGGUUAGAUUUUAUGCCUGAUACAUUGGAUUUCUCUUUUUCACUUUGUGUCUACGGGAUGCUGCUGCGAUGGGUUUCUUUUACUUUAUAGCACCAUCACAGUUUUAUAAAGCUGCCAAGGUUACUUGUUCCUUGUUGAGUCGUGCAAGAUAUCACCAGCUAAUUUUGGUCAAACUCACUUCUCACUUUUAAGGUUAUAGUUCCUUCUGUUUCAUAUCUAUAUUUAGCACUUGUCUUUGCUGACUGUUGCUUUGGGUUCUCUCCUCAAUCGUAUACAUAGGCUAUUCCUUAGAAUUUGGGGGUUUAGCUUUUGAAUCCCAGAACAUGGAUGGUAGCGGUGAUAGUAAUGAUGAUUUAGGAUAUCAAAAUAGAGGUGAGAGUGUUAUGAAUUGUCCAUCUUCAGGAAUGAACACAAACCCCUUCUAUGUUUCUGCUUGGGAUCCAGUAGUUUCACUAAGCCAGCCUGGGAAUUUUGGUGGUUCAUCAAUAGUUUCUCAAAGUGGGUUUUCCAAUUCUCCUUUCCCAAUUGUAAUGGAAAACCCAGGUAUUAGUAACCUUGUUCAUUACCCAUCUGGUUCAGGCUUUGUUGAGCUGGUGCCAAAGUUUCCUGGCUUUGGAAGUGGGAAUUUCUCAGAAAUGGUUGGCUCUCUUGGCCUGACCGAGUGUGGUCAGAUUACUCAUACUGGGUGCCCUCCAAAUUACAACAAGGAGGCAAACAAUGCUCAACAUCAGGAAGAUCAGCAAUUAUCAGAAGAGACAAGUAUAGGAGCUUCACCAAAUGGAAAGAGAAGAAAACGAGUACCCGAGUCUAAUUCUCCUUUGGAUCCAAACAAGAAUACUGAUGGAGAGUUACGAAAGGAUCUUUCUGGAGAGAGUUGUGAUAUUGCAAAAGAACUGGCUGAAAAGACACAAAAAACUGAACAAAACCCCGGUCCUAAUUUGCGGGGCAAACAGGCAGCUAAACAAGCUAAAGACGAUACUCAAAGUGGAGAAGUUCCUAAAGAGAAUUACUUUCAUGUGAGAGCCAGAAGGGGUCAGGCUACCAAUAGUCACAGCCUUGCAGAGAGGGUGAGAAGAGAAAAGAUCAGCGAGCGGAUGAGAAUGCUACAAGAACUUGUCCCAGGAUGCAAUAAGAUUACUGGAAAGGCAGUAAUGCUUGAUGAGAUUAUCAACUAUGUGCAAUCAUUGCAACAGCAAGUUGAGUUUUUGUCAAUGAAACUUGCCACUGUAAAUCCGGAACUGCAAAUUGAUGUUGAGAGGAUUCUAUCUAAAGAUAUCCUUCAUUCACGUGGUGGCAAUGCAGCUAUUCUAGGAUUCAGUCCCGGGAUAAGCUCACACCCGUAUUCGCAUAGAAUUUUUCAACCCGGCAUACAAGUCAUUCCAAAUUCCAAUCCACAAUUUUCUCCAGCACCUCAUGCUGUAUUAGAUAAUGAGCUCCAGAGCUAUUUCCAAAUGGGAUUUGAUUCCAGUUCAGCUAUUGACAAUUUAGGACCGAAUGCAGCACGUUUGAAACCGGAGCUCUGAAUGCUGAAGAGAGAUAACAAGGCGUUGAUUCCUUCUAACAAAGAAUUGAAGUGGUUCAAGUUUGACUUUCAUACUGGAACUCGUUUUGAAACAAACAAAAAUAGGGAAGAAAGUUCUUGUUUCUUUUUUUGUAUAGGUUUAAGCUCCUAACUCUGCGUUCUUCACAUUUUUUGGAAGAAGAUUACGUGCUAGAAUCACAGAUAUAUGUAUAUUGUCCGGGUAAGAAGGGAGACUUCUGUUGGUGAUUUUGAUUUUUGCCUGUUUCAUUGGGAAUUUGAGGAUGUACGAGGCUUUCUGUUGUGAGGUUUAUGAAGCUAAAAAAAUACAUUUGCCUGA